GGAACCGUAGAUGCUGGAUCAUUUGGAGAGUUUGCCCGUCCUCUGCGCACCGACCGUUCUGGAAAACCCGCCGCACAGCCUGAGAGCCGGCUUUUAGAGCUUUCACUGAAGGAUAAAUGUGCUGAAAAGUCGCCCAACUUCUCCACCAAAGCUCAGUUUUUCUUUCUUCCAUUUUUUUUUUUUUUUUUUUUUUUUUUACGGCGGAGCGCCUGGACUGCUUUGAGUCAUCUCCUCUUUUUCCCCCCCCUUUUUCAUACGAGGAUACCUGUACCUCUACUGAUGGAACAGGGUCACUCCAACGCCCUCUUGCAGCCUCCCAACACCACCUAACAUUUCCUGGAAGAACGUGUCCAUUGCGUGCUCCCAAGAAACAUGGACUGUUUUCCCAUGCUUUCUUUUCUGUCGAGACAUCAUGAUUCCUGGUAAUCGAAUGCUGAUGGUCAUUUUAUUAUGCCAAGUCCUGCUGGGAGAGAGCAGCCAUGCCAGUCUGAUACCUGAAGAAGGGAAGAAGAAAGUGCCUGGCCUGCAGGGUCGUUCGGCUGCUCAGAGCCAUGAACUGUUGCGGGACUUUGAGGCCACGCUGCUGCACAUGUUCGGCCUCAAGAGGCGGCCGCGGCCCAGUCGCUCAGUUACCGUGCCCCGCUACCUGCUGGACCUCUAUCGGCUGCAGUCGGGGGAGGCCGAAGAGGCCGGAGCGCACGACAUCGACUUUGAGUAUCCCGAGAGGUCUGCCAGCCGGGCCAACACUGUGAGGGCCUUCCACCAUGAAGAGCACAUGGAGAGGAUCCAUGAGCUGGGUGAUGGAGAAUCCAUGCCCCUCCGCUUCCUGUUCAACCUCAGCAGCAUUCCAGAGGACGAGCUGCUUUCCUCUGCAGAGCUAAGACUCUACCGUAGUCAGAUUGAUGAGGCCACCGCUGACGAUCAGAGUCUGCACCGCAUAAACAUCUACGAGGUCCUGAAGCCCCCGCGGCCCGGGCAGCUCAUCACCCAGCUUCUGGACACACGCCUCGUUCGGCACAACGCGUCUCGGUGGGAGUCCUUUGAUGUCAGCCCUGCCAUCUUGCGCUGGAGUCGCGAGGGCCUCCCUAAUUAUGGUCUGGCUGUGGAGGUUCUGCACCUCAACCAGACCCCACACCACCAGGGCCGACACGUCCGCAUCAGCCGCUCAGUGCACCAAGAGCCCAUGGAGGACUGGGAACAGUUACGCCCUCUUUUGGUUACUUUUGGUCAUGACGGUAAGGGUCACCCGCUGACCCGGCGGACCAAGCGCAGCCCCAAACAACGGGGCCGCAAAGGCAGGCGCAACUGCCGCCGCCAUGCACUGUACGUAGACUUCAGUGAUGUAAACUGGAAUGACUGGAUAGUGGCACCGCCUGGCUAUCAGGCGUAUUACUGCCACGGGGAGUGCCCCUUUCCCCUGGCAGAUCAUUUAAACUCCACCAACCAUGCCAUUGUUCAGACACUGGUGAACUCUGUGAAUAACAACAUUCCCAAGGCCUGCUGCGUGCCAACAGAGCUCAGCGCCAUCUCCAUGCUCUACGUGGACGAACAUGACAAGGUGGUCCUGAGAAACUACCAGGAAAUGGUAGUGGAGGGCUGUGGCUGCCGCUAGCGCACGACGUCGCAAAAACUCUUGGACAAAAAUAGCGCCUUGAACAAAGCAAUGUGGACACUAAAACAAAUCAGAAGGUCUUUUUUUUUUUUAAAUGUUCACUUGGACCCUUAUUUAUAACUCUAAUGAGGUGUAUGUUUGUCUCACUUUUUUGUUUUCUUUGACAAUAUGAUCAUAUAUUUUGACAAAAUAUAUAUAAAUAUAUAUAUAUAUUUAUAUCUACACAUUAAAAAUAAAUUGAGUUCUUAUUUUAAACAUAAAGAAAUUGUUUAUCCUUCCAUAUUGUAUAUUGGAUUUUGUAAGUUGUUUUUUAUUCAAAGUAUAGUAACAAAAGUAAAAAAAAUAAAUAAAAAAACAAACAAACAAAAAAAACACCCCCAAAAGUAUUAGGUUAUUUGCUAGUAAUAUUUAUUGCUUUCAUAAUAAAAAUGAACUGCAUUCUACCACGUACAAGCCAUGUCACAAAAAUAUUUCUUUUUUAGCAAAUACAAUUUUAAAGUUAUUUAUUGACUACUUUUGAACCAGUUAAGAACCAAAUUAAAAGGCAUUAAAGUAAACUUAAAUAAAAGAAAAUUGUCAACAAGAAAUCUGUCAAUCUCCAUUAAUUUUGUGGAAUUUAAACUGGAAUUAAUGCCAGACAAGUUUAAUUAUCAUGUGGAUUAGAGUUAUGAUUUGGUUUUCAGUCAAAGAGUUGGACAAGAAGAGAAAAUAUGAAAAAGCAAAAACAGAACUGAUCCAAGCAAACAUUCCCAGAAGAACAUCUGAAUAAAGACAGGUUUAUAAAUACACCAGUUGUAUAGAUAGUGCAACAAUUUUUUGGGAGUUUGAAAGCUGUACAAACAGUCAGAUUUUAAACAUGAAUGUAGUCAUUUCCGCUGCUUGUAUUUUUGCUGUAAAACAGCCCUUAAGUGGAAUUCCCUCUAGGGCCUCCUCUACCGUAUUCACAUAAAAUAAAACAUUGAUUAUUAAGUGAUAUCACCCAUGAAUAACUUGAAAAUAAAUUUAAUUUGUACAUUUAUUAUUACAUGUUUUUAAUGAAAAAGUCUUGCAGGGAUAUUUACAGAGGAUCUCAAAGGUCUUUAUGUUAUUGGGCUAUGUUGUCCUCAAAUUUCACCUUACAGUCAGGUAAGCUCACAUGUGGUAGAUGUGAUACUUGAUAAACCCAUACCAGCCUUGUUGUGUUUUUUAGCUGGUCACUGUGUUGCAGUGAUGUUUUUUUUUUUUUUUGUUUGUUUUUUUUGUUUUUUUUUUGUUCCAGACGUCCCCACGUUGGAGGCAUGAUUGUGUCUGAUGCCUCGACACAACAUGGCUGAGUCCUCAGAAAGAUCAAAGGUUAGACGCUCUGUCUCCUGCCUUUGUCUUCUCUGGCUCAUGCCGGCAGAGGAAAGACGGCCGUCUCCAACGUGUCCCCCACCAGACAAAAGACUUCAACAUAACUUAUUUACAAGCUGACGACUGGCCCAAAUUAUAUGAUAAUGUUUAGCGAGAAUCCCUUUGAACUGCUGAAUGACACUCUGGUGUCAUGCUAGAGAGUGCCCGAUGUGUCUGCUGGUCAAUAUUUGAAUGGAAACAAUGCAGUUUGAUAAUAGCAGAACAAUAUUUUAAUGCUCUUGUUCCUUAGUUCUUGAACUACAGCAGGUUACUUAGUGGAAUUAAAAAACACUGAGAAGAAAUGUCGAUAUAAAGCAACCUUUUGCACAAUGAAUAGCAGGCACAUGUUCUAGCACAUUGUUAUUUGCUUAAAGCAGAAACUACAAAAAUUCGACAAUGAUUCAAAGCCGCAGUUAACUAUCAUCUACUUCUAAGUCAGAAAACCAGUGGAAUAUGCUAAUUAUUGCUCUUAGCAAUCAGCUAAAUAGUAGCUACAAGCUAACUACUCUUACCAAUGAUACAAUAAUUACUAUUAUCAGCAACAAGCUAACUUGCCUUACCAGAUGAGCCCAUUUACUAUUGGGAGCAACAAGCUAACAGAGGAUGCCUUUUCUGCAUUUUAAAAUUGCAUAUUUAAAAACUAAAAGGAACAUGAGCGCCCGCAGUAAUUGAGAACUUUGUGUGAAGAAGAUGUAAUAAGACAAACUGUCAAAAAGUGCAAAUAAGCCGUUCAUUUCUGCACCUUGCUGUAUGUUGUAAACACUCAGCAGGCUUAUUGGAUUUUAAGGCUUGUUAACCAUUUCUGUGUGGAUUUGGCCAAAUAUUUUUGGCUGACUGCUGAUAAUGACCCAUUUUAAGUUUCCUGGCAGAGUCCAACAGAAUGUCCUGGUAUUUCAGAGAUUUUAAUAGUGCCAUGCACUCUUUAACGAGCUUCUCAGGGGCAGUGGAGGGAAUACAGGCAGUAAGCAUCAUAAAUCCUCCACCACACUUCAUGACAGACAUGUGGUAUUUUUCAAUGUAUUCAUUCUUUAUUUGACGAAAAACUGAUCUGGAAAGCUUAUUGCAGAAUCGCGUCUUCUCCAUAUUAUUAAUAUUGAUAUAAAUAAAGAUACCGCCAUGUUUUAAGCAUAAAGGGAUUAAGACAGAUUUUAAGAUUCUGAUUGAAAAUAAACCUCUAGCUUUCCCCGUUCCAAUGUCAAACUUAGGGGAUGAUUUUUUAUUUUUUUUCUACAUUGUUUGAAAUUUCAGAGAAAAAAAAUAAAUACUUAAUCAAAUGUCAAGGUUCAAGCAGAAAUACUUCCUUCUGGACUUUAAAAAUAACAUAGCAAAGUGAAAGAUUUCAAGUUUUUUCAUGUUAAUGAAUAGUGGGAGGUUCAAGCUUUCGUUUUCAGAUGGAGUCACUGUUGUAGUUUGUGUCAAUGUACACUGUGGGAAAAUUUAAAGUUUAAAAAGACAUAACUUGUAACAUGCAUCAGAUAAGGGUUUACCCUAAUUUCAUUUUAUUUCUUAAACAAAUCACACAAGUUUGUUUUUAUCUCAGUGGAGCAUGCUGAGGUGCCCUCAGGUCAACUAAUUGCCCCUUUUCUUCUCUUUGAUGCCUGCAUAUCAGCAUCAGAAAGAAGGGGCUCCUAAACAAAGGGCAGACGGAAGAAUUUUAUUUUGAAGUGUUUGAAAACAGGGGACCUGGGCUGUGGGAGGCUUUUUGAUCCCUUUUGUUCACUUUCUUGGGAGUCCAAUUAUAAAAUCUCAACCAAUCCAUGCUGAUAUUUUGCAAGAACCUGCCAUUUAUAGUAACAGUCGAUCUGGCCCAAUAUUACGUACACAAAGGGAAUGGUUGGUAUUCUGAGACUUUGAAACUAACAUUUAAAACUACCAAAGCACCUGUAAAGCUGCCAUUUAGUUUACUGGCCUGCUUUGAGGCAAGCCAUUAAAGUUUAGGUUUCGUGCAGGAAAUCCACGUAAUCCUUUAAAUGUUCUGAAGAAAUUCAGGAAAUCAAGGAGCGUGACUGAGUAUGAGCGUGUGUGACGAUAAAUGGGGGAGAGGGGGCCAAUUACAGAAUAACUCUUAUAAACAGAUUGAGAGCUUUGUCAUUCCAAUGUGACGUGCCACUUAGUCUCCUGCAGAAACUUGUUCUCACGCAAUUACAGGUGAGUCAUUAGGCAGCAGAUCUAUUGACACUACUGGCCUAAGUGAUGUGCUGGAGUCUUCAAAAAGGCUUUUUACUCUGACAUUCCAUCGUAAAGUAGAAGGCGAGUGUUUACAGACAGUAAAACCACCUCCGAAGAAGAAAGGACGACAAGUUCCAGUCGCAUGGCUUUCUUUUAGUUUGAGCACUCCAAGACUCUGUUGUGGAAAUGUUCCUUUUACUUCCAGAAGUCACAAGAUGUUGAAGAUUUAAUUGUGCAUUUGUUUGUGUGUGUGUGGGCGUGUGUUUGUGGGCGUGUACGCGCGUGUGUGUCUACAUUAACCUUCCAAGAAGUCAUGUGACUUUUACUGAUAAGAAUCAACUUAAUUAGAAAGCACUGGAAAGCACUGCAAUGUUAACACAAGAAGCCAUUUUCAUGCAAAAAGUGGUAACGACACGUAUUCUUGUUUACCGUUUCGUCAAUAGAUGGAUGUAAACUAACUUGUGGGAAACCGGUGACGUUUUAUGGGAAUCCUAACAAUAUCAAAGUUGAAAAGAAAUUCUGCGGGUAGAGAGCUGUUGUCUAAAAUAUUACAUUUUCCUAUUUUAUAACUUUGUAAAAUGUUUAUACUGUGCCAGAUGGACAAUAUCUAAUAAACACCCCAUUUUCUCCAAGCAAAACAUGUUGAAAAUUUGCAUUCUACCUAAACCAUAUUAGCCACUUUUAUAAUGUAAACAACCAAUUUAAAUGAAGUUCAUUCAAAACCACAAAAGCUAAAUGUUUUUAGGAUAUAAAUAUUCAUAUAUCUUCUUUAUUUCAAGGGCUACUGUUAGAUUUUAUUCUUUGGGAACAACUAUCUUCAUAUGUCAAAAAAAAACAAACCCUACAAAAUAUGUUAAAGCUAUUUUUUCCUAUUCAGCAAAAACACGCCAAUAUAAAUGAGAAGUGGAAGUUUAGCAGUGUUCUUGGGGGAUUUAUUGUUUUGGUUUUUCACCACACAUCCAGAUUAUGGCGAAUGUACAUGAGCUGCCAAAGUUUUGAGUUACGAAAGAGGAGAUCCAAUGUAAAGCAUUCAGCUUGGACCUUUUGCUUCCCGCGGUAAAUGAAGAAUAGUUUCUGAAAACACGUGCUG